AUGGACACCCUUAAGAAAAACCCAAAACAAAAUAAAAUUCUUGGAUGUAGCAUGUAGACUGUAGAGCAACAACUCCAGGACAAAUGACAGAAGCAGAGCAUUUUACGACUCAAAACUUCUACUCCUAUUAAAUUCCCCCUUCCCUAAUUCAGCUGCUCUUCAAAGCCCUUAUAUCUUCUGAAUACAGAAAAUAUCAAACCAUUUCAACUUUUAAUCAUUGUAAUUGUAUUGAAGCUGAAGAACAGCAUCCCCAAUUAUAACAAAGUUAAAAAAAUUGUGAUUAUAAAUUUCCCAACAAUCAAACUUCAUUAUGUUGAGCCAAUCUUGUUGCUACAAGGUUCAACAAACCCUUGAACCUUCGUGUUCUCAACCGGCGGUUCCGUGCCUUCCUCUUCAAUUCAAGAAUUCGAACUUAUUUGGAUCCCAGUGUAAAGGUUUUAAUCGUGCAAGACGAGGUUUUGCUCAUUCAAGUUGUAUCCAUUCGCUCUCUUCGACUAGAGCUCGAGUGGUUAAAGCUGUUACCACUCCUAAUUCAGCUCUGGAGCUUCCCCUAACUGAAGAAAAUGUUGAAAGUGUACUAGAUGAAGUGCGGCCAUAUCUAAUGGCUGAUGGUGGUAAUGUUGCUGUGCAUGAAAUUGACGGAAAUGUAGUUCGAUUGAAAUUGCAAGGAGCAUGUGGAUCCUGCCCCAGCUCUGUAACAACCAUGAAAUUGGGUAUUGAGCGCCGCCUUAUGGAAAAAAUUCCUGAGAUAGUUGCAGUGGAAGCAAUUCCUGAUGAAGAAACUGGCCUUGAGCUAAAUGAAGACAACAUAGAAAAGGUUCUUGAAGAAAUAAGGCCGUUCCUUAUAGGAGCUGCUGGUGGAACUUUGGAGCUUGUUGGGAUUGAAGAGCCAAUCGUGAAAGUCAAAAUCACAGGUCCAGCUGCCGGAGUGAUGACUGUUCGAGUGGCUGUGACACAGAAAUUACGCGAAAAGAUCCCUUCCAUUGCAGCCGUUCAACUUUUAUCUUAAUUUUUGAUAUGCAUAAUAAUAUUACAGGCUUUACAGCUAUACCAAAAUAGUUUUUGGUGCAAAGCUACACGCUAGAUAGUGUUUGUAAGUUGUAUUAGUCUUGAAGGAUAUGUAUAAUUGUACAGUGUCAUUCAAUUUGGUUGAUCACUUAAAUUUAAUACAA